AUGAGUCCUAAAUUUCUUGAUCUCCAGCCUUAUACAUUCUCAUUAGCACCUGUAAUUAUUGAUGUGCUUAACUAUGUUAGUAAGAGUCUAAGUGACAAUCUCGAAAACCUGGUAUUUUCUGACAAAGAAAGUGACUUUGAAAAUACAAUCGGGGAGCGAAACAAUAAGAACAUUGAAGACAUUUUUAAAGUCUUAUACGAGACACACCGCAUUUUAAUACAGAUUCCAGGGAAGAAGCGCGUUUCGCUUUUAGAAACCAGUUUCUUCGACGUCAGUCUUGUUGUUGUUGUUGUUGUUGCUGUUGAUGGUGAUUAUAACACUGGUGGUGAUAAUGAUCGUAGUGGUGGUGGUGCUGCUGCUGCUGUUGCUGCUAUUGCUGUGGUUGCUCCUAUUGUUACUGGUGGUGGUGCUGGUAGUUGUAGAGGUUGUGGUAGCUUUAAUGUUUGGUAUUUUUAUAAAUUAGAUGCAAUAAUAAUGUUUUUCUCCGUUUCUUUCUCUGCAGGUGCCUUCUUGGUUCCCUACUUCCUCAUGCUUCUGUUUCUGGGUUUACCAAUGUUCUACAUGGAACUUUGUCUGGGACAAUUCCAUCGUUGUGGACCGUUUAAAAUAUGGCGGAAAGUCUGUCCCAUUUUUUAUGGUAUUGGCUAUGCAAUCGGUGUGACAAGCUUCGUGGUCGGUUUAUAUUACAACACAAUUAUCGCGUGGGCCGUAUUUUACCUAUUUUCUUCGUUUACGGCCGACUUGCCUUGGUCAUCUUGCAACAACACAUGGAACACCGAAAACUGUAUAUCACUUGCUGGUGAUCUCAACAAUACCAUAUUCACGAACACUUCUGUAAGUUCGGCAGAUGAAUAUUACAAUCGCAAAGUUCUGGAAUCCCAUCUGUCUAAUGGAGUUGAAGAUAUUGGUCCGAUUAAGGGACCAAUUGUUGGAUGUCUCGCUGCAACUUUUAUCGUCGUUUACUUUUCUUUGUGGAAAGGAAUCAAGUCUUCAGGAAAGGCAGUCUGGAUCACAGCCACCGUACCUUACAUCGUAAUUGUCAUCCUGCUCAUUAGGGGCUGCACCCUUCCUGGUUCCAGUGAUGGGAUCCUUUACUACUUGAGACCCAAAUGGCAUAAACUGAAGAAUUUGCAGGUAUGGGUGGACGCUGCAUCACAGAUCUGUUUCUCCCUGGGGACAGGCUUUGGCACCUUAAUCGCUCUCUCCAGCUACAACAAGUUUAACAACAACAGCUACCUAGACGCCAUGGCUACAAGUGUUAUUAACUGCUUCACAAGCUUCCUGGCUGGUUUUGUCGUAUUCUCCGUGCUUGGUUACAUGUCGCACGUUGCGAAAAUAAAAAUCGAUGAUAUAGCUGUACCCGGCCCAGGUCUGGUGUUUGUGGUUUACCCGGAAGCAGUUUCUAUGUUGACCGGUUCAACUUUCUGGGCAAUCAUUUUCUUUUUGAUGCUCAUAACCCUUGGUUUAGACAGUACGUUCGGAGGAUUGGAAAGUUUGAUGACAGGAUUCACAGAUGAAGUAUCGUUGAUACGGCGUCAUCGCGAAGCGUUCGUGGCCAUCCUAAUAUCAGCGUUGUUCUUGCUGUCUCUACCGACUACAACCUAUGGUGGACAAUACGUGGUACAACUACUGGACAGCCAUGCAGGCUCUUUCUCGCUGCUUUUCAUUUGUUUUGCCGAACUGAUAGCGGUCCAGUGGUGCUACGGUGUGAAGCGGUUCUCGAACGACGUUGAAAAGAUGAUUGGUCAUCAACCAUCCUACUACUGGAAAUUCUGUUGGACAGUGGUUUGUCCCUGCAUUAUACUGGGAAUGUUCUGCCUGUCAAUCUACAGCUACACGGGUAUAACCCUGGGCGAUUAUAAAUUCCCCAAAUGGGCCGAAAUAGUCGGUUGGGCUGUGUCGCUUUCCUCGAUGAUCGGGAUUCCUGUCUACAUCAUUUAUAAAGCCAUAGCAACGGCAGUGACACACGAAAUGACUUUUUGGGAGCUGAUAGGACGUGGACAAGACUUUUCAUUAACAGAAGGGGAAAAUGCGAGGAAAAAAUCCGCCUCAUCGAAGGUCGAACUUAAAUCGAUAUACAACGGUCAACAAUGGCCUCAUCACAGCCGUACUUACCCAGAAUUGCCGUCUUAAGCGGCCCCUCUUCACUACACUGCAACCACGGGAUUUCACAUUUAAUAAUACUCUUCCACAAACAUAUAUACAUGCGCAUGCGCAUGCGCCUCUGUAUAUGGGUAUAUGUGGGAUUCAUAAAUAUUUAUCUACAUUUUAUAUAUAUAUUUGUAUAUUCUUAUAUAAACAUAAAUGUAUAUAUUUAUAAAUACAUUAAUAAUGUGCGUGUGUGUGUGGUGUGUAUGUGAGUGUAUUGUGUAAAGAGAGAGAGACAGAGAGACAGACAGACAGAAAGUGAGAAGAAGAGAAAAAUUACCGGUCAGAAGUCUAAUUCAUAUGACCUAUACAAAUGAUUAUGUAUAUAAAGAUAGAUAGAUAGAUAGAAGGAUAGAUAGAUAGAUAGAUAGAUAGAUAGAUAGAUAGAUAGAUAGAUAUAGAGGUAUCAUUGCCGUUAUUAAUAGAUUUAAUAACGUAAUAAUAAGGUGGCUAGCAAGUUAACACCGUUACAGGCACAAUAUAAGUUAAAUUUAGAUUCAGUAGGGUAUAUAAUACCAGUUGUUAAAAUCAGAGCCAAAGAUACACACGAGCAAUCCCAUGAACAUAUGAGAAAUAGGCUUACCUUUGCAUUGAAUACAUCAGUAAGUAAUGUAUAUUUUAAAAUCAAUUGAUUUUACACUUUGCAUGACAAACAUGUUUUGCGAUAUAGUUCUAUAUUUAAGAGAUGGGGAAUUAUGUACAUUAUUCAUCAGGUGUCUUGGGGAAAUUUCGAAACUGAGUUCAGGUCACUGCCUGGAACCGAACUCGAACACUUGGGGUUAGUAGCCCGCGCUCUUUGCCACUACGCCAGUGAAAUUUAGAGCUUAUAAAAAUACCUUAGGAAUGAGAACCCAGUUUCAAAGUUUCCCUAAGACACCUGAUGAGGGCUGGAGAGUAUAUCAGCCGAAAUGUUGUAUUAACAACAAACAAGAUGAGGACACAUAUCUGUCAAAUGUAAAUAAUGUAAAUAAUGUAUGCUUUGAGAUUUUCAAUUGAAAAUAACAUUUUAACAUCUAUUUCUGAUAUGUUCAUUGCAUUGCCCGUACGUGUCUUUAUCGUGAGUUUAUGGUGGUUUGGGGAGAUUUAGCUCUGAUUUUAGCAAGUGGUAUUUUAUACCCUAUUGAAUAUAUAUGUGUGUGUGUGUGUGUGUGUGUGUGUGUAUUAUGUGUGCAUGUAUGUAUGCAGGGACUAUGUAUGUGUGUGUACUUAUAUGUAUAUAUGUGUGUGUGUGUGUGUAUGUUUGUGUGUGUGUGUGUGUGUGUGUGUGUGUGCGUGCGUAUGUGUUUGUGUGUA